AUGCUCGAUGGCAGCAAGACCCCCUCCGCCUGCAUGCAGUCGGGCGAUGGAGGCCGAGGCGGCAACGCAGCGAGCGAAGAUUGCCUCUACAUCACCCUAUACCGACCCUCCUCGGCCCGAUCCGGCUCCAACCUUCCCGUCCUGGUCUGGAUUCACGGCGGCAGCUUCACCUCGGGCAGCUCGACCGCCUCGGGCCUCGACGGUAGCAAAUUCGCAUCGGAGGGCAACGUGCUCGUCGUCUUCGUCCAGUAUCGCCUCGGAGCGUUCGGUUUCUUCCAUACCGACUCGACGCUCGAUGAAGCCUCCGUCAAUGCUGAAUCUGGCGCCCACAAGGUGCCGGGCAACCAGGCGGUGCGAGACGUGGUCCAGUCCCUCCUCUUUCUGCGAGACCAUGUUGCCGAGUUCGGGGGCAACCCCUCCUCGAUCACGGUGGCGGGUCAAAGCAGCGGCGCACACAUGGUCCGCACCCUCCUCACGCUUCCAGCCGCCAACUCGCUCUUCCACCGCGCCAUCCUGCACUCGGACCCAUCCAACUAUGGUCCCGCCACCGCCCAGGCCAACAGCAUGCUCGGCAAGAGCGUUGCGCAGCAGCUGGGAUGCGGAGAUCUGGCAUGCCUUCGCUCCAGGUCGGCGCAGGACGUGCUGCAGGCCAGCGACAACGCCGCUUCGAUGCUGCCCCAGCAGGACGGUUCCAUCCCCGUCGGGGAACCUUGGAGGCCCUUUCUCGGUUCCUACUUUUCGCAGGGCAUCGAGUCCGCCGGCAGCGCCAUCAGAGAUGUCAUCAUGACUACGGUCCGGAACGAAGCCGGAUCUCAGGUGGGCAGCAUGCUGCAGCCUACGGCCCAGGGUGCAUCCAAGAUCCGCCUCGAUGCCAACUACGGACCCAUGUCGCAAGUCGACCUGUCUGCCGGCGACAUUCUGGACAUGCUGUUCAACGAGGGUCGCGGAGACAUCCUCUCGGCCCAGUCCGCCUACUUCGCCGCCUCGGAGCACGACGUCGACGACGGGCUGCGGUGCAGCAUCGAAGAGGCCGCCACCGACGGCCUGUACCGCUGUGGGUCGUGGUCUACCGCAUCCAGACUCAACCUCUACCUUGCCGUUCAUCACACGGGCAUGACCUACCCGAGCAACGACGGCAACACGUACUGCUCUGCCGGCGGUCGCGUCUGCCACGAGGACGACAUAUACGCCCUCUUCGACACACACUCGCAGUCGGGCCGAGGCGGGCUGUCUCCUCGUCAGACGUCGUAUGCCCAGGAGCUGAGGGAGAGGUGGCUCUCGUUCAUCAAAACUGGCGAUCCGAACACCGCCAAGCAUGGAGGAUGGCAGAAGGCGGCUGCGGGUGGCAGUGGCGGCGGCGGCGGUGAAGGAGGCGGCCAAAAGGUCCAACUUCUGCAGCUCGGUAGCGAAGACGACGGCUCCAGCUUGAUCGACAGCGUCGACAUGGGUGUCUGCCACGACACCUGGGGCAGCGCCGUCCGGUUCGAUUGGCAGCUGUACCAGUAG